CCCCCAUCACUUCUUCACCCGACAGAUACAAAAGUCAUAGAAACCUCGCCAAGUAUGGCCGCACCGAUCCGAGUCGCCGUCACCCAGGCUGAGCCCGUGUACCUCGACCUCGAGGCUUCCAUUGCAAAGGCAUGCGGCCUCAUUGCUGAUGCGGCCAAAAACGGCGCUAAGCUUGUUGCCUUUUCCGAGUGCUGGGUUCCCGGUUACCCGGCGUGGAUCUGGGCGCGACCGGUCGACAUGGAGCUGCAGACACGGUACAUCUACAAUGCGUUACCGGUCGAAUCGCGGGCCAUGGACCAGGUCAAAGCCGCGGCCAAGGAAAACUCCAUCGCCGUGGUGCUAGGCUUCGCCGAACAGAGCCCUUCCCAGAGCCUGUACAUCUCCCAGGCAAUCAUCUCGCCACAGGGCGAGGUGCUCACACACCGGCGCAAGAUCCGACCGACGCACAUGGAGCGGACCGUCUUUGGCGACGGGUCGGGCGGUGACCUGAACAACGUGGUCGAGAUCGACUUCGGCGCCCCGCACGGCAAGAUCAGGGUCGGUUGCCUGGCCUGCUGGGAGCACACGCAGCCGCUGCUCAAGUACCACACCAUUGUCCAGCGCGAGGCCAUCCACGUCGCCAUGUGGCCGCCCAUCGACCCCUUUCCCGCGGGGGUUAACGACUUCCCGGGCCUGUGGAGCAUGACGGCCGACGGCUGCCAGAACCUCUCCCAGACCUACGCCGUUGAGAGCACCGCCUAUGUUCUCCACAGCACGUCUGUGUGCACGCAAAAGGGCAUUGAUGUGCUCAAAACCCAGGACGGGCUCGUGUGUGCCCGCCCAGGAGGAGGCCACAGUUGUGUCAUAGCCCCUGAUGGGCGGCGCCUGACGGCGCCUCUCGGGGAUGGAUCGGCCGCGACGGAAGGUCUUGUGUAUGCUGAUCUGGACCUGAGCAAGGCCGUGGCGGCGAAGGGCUUCUUGGAUAUUGUUGGGCACUACAGUCGCCCAGACCUGUUGUGGUUAGGCGUGGACAGGCGGCAAAAAGAACCGGUUGUUACAGUGCGGCCGAAGGCGGUGGAUCGGGACGAGCAAGCGGACGACGUUCAUCUAGAGGGUUUGCCCUAGAGUGGAUUUGCCGGGAGCUAAACGUCAGCCCUAGAGAUGAGGUUUCUUUGCCUUGUUGCUGGAGUCGCAUGGCGGCUGCACUUAAAAUAGGUAGCCGUCAACGAGCAAUGCUAGAAGUGUUUUCACGAUUUCUGCAUCUUAUCAACCAGCUUUCCUACUAUCCCAGUCACAUACGACCACAGGCGGUAGAAAACUCGGGAUCCCGUCCGCUCUUCCAUAGAUAAGCUACCGACCGCCGAAUUAGUAGUUGGGUCGGUGACGACCAGCGAAUCCUCGGUGUUGUAUGU